AUGGUGAAUUUAAAACCGGAAAUUUCUGAUGGUUUUGCUAACUCACGUCGUAAUCAUCGCAAUUUUGGUUAUAGAUUUGGUAGGAAUCGUGAAGAGAAAAAACAAGUACCCAACGGUCUGUUACAAUUAGAUGCCUUGGCACAAAGAUCAGUGGUUUUAAUGGAAAAGCACGGAUCGACUUCAAACAACAAUUACCAUGUAGCGAUGGAUCUUUUGCGUUUGCAAUACAACCUGAACUUUAUCGUUCUCUGUGAACAGUGCAACGGACCGCACGCAGUUGACGAGAUAUUAGCUCCAGAACGUUAA